AUUAGCAGUUUCUCAGGCACUAUCAGUAUCAAGUCCUAAGCAGAGAGACAAAGGAACAAAGAUAUGUUGGGGACAGCUGCGUCUUCUGCCGCCACCAUACCUACAACUGCCCAGACCGCCAACAGCAUACGCCGCGCCUUUCAAACUACUACUUUCGACUCUCUCUCUUCUUCUCGUCACCCUAUUCUCUGCGCUCGCUUUCAUUUCCUCUCGCUACGCUUCUUCUCGAAUGUUUCCACCAAGGCCAUGUCUCACUCUCAAACCCUCCAUGCUUCUAAUUACCACCCUCAAUCCUCUGCUCCUGGCAAUAAGCAAGCACUAAUAUCUUUGUCAGACAAGAAGGAACUGACCUUGCUUGGCAAUGGCCUUCAAGAAUUGGGGUACACAAUUGUUUCAACUGGAGGAACUGCAUCUGCCUUGGAAAAUGCUGGUGUCUCCGUGACCAAAGUGGAGCAGCUUACUUGUUUCCCCGAAAUGCUUGAUGGUCGUGUGAAAACAGUACAUCCCAACAUACAUGGUGGUAUUCUUGCUAGAAGAGAUCAAAAGCAUCAUAUGGAAGCUCUGAAUGAGCAUGGUAUUGGUACAUUUGAUGUGGUGGUUGUGAACUUGUACCCCUUUUAUGAUAAAGUUACUUCUACGGGAGGAAUUGCCUUUGAUGAUGGCAUCGAGAAUAUUGACAUUGGUGGCCCUGCAAUGGUUAGAGCUGCUGCAAAGAAUCACAAGGAUGUCUUGGUUGUUGUUGACUCACAAGACUAUCCUGCACUCCUUGAAUUCCUUAAAGGCAGUCAGGAUGAUCAACAGUUCCGGAGAAAGCUUGCUUGGAAAGCUUUUGAGCAUGUUGCUUCUUAUGAUUCUGCAGUUUCAGAGUGGCUCUGGAAACAGACUGUGGAAGAUAAAUUCCCUCCCAAGUUGACAGUGCCAUUAUCCCUCAAAAGUUCACUUCGUUAUGGUGAAAAUCCUCAUCAGAAGGCUGCAUUUUAUGUUGACAAGAGUCUGUCUGAGGUCAAUGCUGGUGGUAUUGCUACUGCUAUUCAACACCAUGGAAAGGAAAUGUCAUAUAAUAACUAUUUAGAUGCCGAUGCUGCUUGGAAUUGUGUCUCUGAGUUUAGGAACCCUACAUGUGUUAUUGUAAAGCACACAAAUCCAUGUGGCGUAGCUUCUGGUGAUGACAUCCUUGAGGCUUACAGGCUUGCUGUGAAAGCCGAUCCAGUGAGUGCAUUUGGAGGAAUUGUAGCCUUCAACAUAGAAGUAGAUGAUGCUCUUGCUAAGGAAAUCCGAGAGUUCAGAAGCCCAACGGAUGGUGAAACUCGGAUGUUUUAUGAGAUUGUUGUGGCUCCCAAGUAUACAGAGAAGGGACUUGAGAUCCUCUGUGGAAUCAAAACAUUGAGGAUCCUUGAAGCAAAGAAGAAUGAGAAAGGGAAGCUCUCCUUACGACAGGUUGGUGGUGGGUGGUUAGCCCAGGAUUCAGAUGACUACCCCCAAGAUAUCCAGUUCAAUGUGGUAUCUGAGAAGAAGCCACAAGAUAAUGAGCUUCGUGAUGCAGAAUUUGCAUGGCUGUGUGUCAAGCAUGUCAAAAGCAAUGCUAUUGUAAUAGCAAAGGACAACCGUAUGUUGGGUAUGGGAAGCGGGCAGCCAAACCGUCUGGAGAGCUUGAGAAUAGCUUUGAGGAAAGCAGGAGAUGAGGUCAAGGGAGCUGCUUUGGCUAGUGAUGCAUUCUUUCCAUUUGCUUGGAAAGAUGCAGUGGAAGAAGCUUGUGAAAGUGGUAUUGGAGUGAUUGCAGAGCCUGGUGGGAGCAUUAGAGAUGGGGAUGCUGUGGACUGUUGUAACAAGUAUGGAGUUUCAUUGCUUUUCACAAAAGUGAGACACUUUAGGCAUUGAUGCAAUUUCAUUUUUGCCCCCAUGGGUUCAACUUGUGCUCUAAGAGGAAGAGUAGUUGCGGGAGGAUGCAAGCAAAUGCUGCCGCAAUGUCGUGCAAUUUGUAUGGUUGUAAUCUUCACAAAUAAGAAACGUUUGUGUUUGUAUUUAAAUUUUAGAAGAUGAACCCUGCAGUUUUGCAGUGUACAUUUAUUGCUCUUCUGAGCUUGCCAAAAUAAUAGAAAUAAGAGAUCUAAUAUAGAUUGUCCUCAA